AUGUUACUCCCAUGCUGGAAGUUUUUCGGCUUCCUCGCAGCAGCCCGACUUUGCGAACUAAAAGUGCCAGACUCUGAUAUUACGACAUGGUGGCACGAAAACUCGGUCGUCAACACCAAUACUUCAGUAGCGGCUGAUGAGGUACGGCGUUCACGACGAUACAACGUCUCCGUUUCCCUUGCGGGUGAGGAUGACUUUCAUCAUUCUUUCGUCUAUGAAUCCAUUCCUCGUAAUGGCAAUGGCAAGAUGUUCGAUCCAGCUCAACCAGGGAACGAGUAUGAUUUUGCGGACGGAGAUGGGAUUACCACUGAGGCAGAUGAGGGAAUUAAUAUGGCUUGGACGCAGUUUAUCUACCGCAAAGACGUCGAUGUUCGGAUUGUUACUACUGACGGGUCUUCGAUUGGCCCAGCUUCAAACGUUGUCAUCCGCCCUGUUGAUCUUGGCUUUUUAGUUAAGAGUCCAAAGCAUAACACUGUCUUGGUUCGAGUGCCUUACCAGAAAUCCGGGGCUAGAUUCUCUGUUGAGUUCAAGGACGAUCUCUUCACGUACAGGUCCAACGGCACUGACUAUGUGAAUGAUGGUGGUGUCAUAGUCAGUGAGGAACCCAGAAAUGGCCUUAUCAUCUUCGCCAGCCCGCCUCUGCCCAAGGAUCUAAUUCCCUCCAAGACAUCCAGCAACGUACAGGUCAUCCACCCUGGAAAGAUGACGCAAGACACUUUCGGGUCCAAACCAACCAUGAUCUUCGAACCGGGCGUCCAUUGGAUAGAGAAGGAUGGUGUUCUUGGCAAGGACCAUAUCAAGUUGAAUCCGAAGACUCACUACGUAUAUUUCGAGCCUGGUGCCUACGUCAAAGCAGCACUGGAAUACACAACGAAACACUCCACUUUCCAUACAAUCGGCUAUGGAGUUCUGUCAGGCGAGAAUUAUGUAUACAUGGCCAACACAGUCAAAAACUAUACUUCAGUGAAGGACGACAGGUACAGCCUCCGUAUGUUCUGGCAUCAGUCCGUGACAGACAAUCAGACCUGGCACUGCAUCGGCCCAACGCUUGCUUCGCCGCCGUUCAACACGAUGGAUCUCUAUCCCAAGAACAGCACUCCUCACGAAGAAGAUAACAAAGUCAGUGCACAUAUCCGCGAUUACAAGCAAGUUGGGGCAUAUUAUUUCCAGACCGACGGAACACAGAUGUAUAAAGGUUCAGUUCGCGAUGUAUUCUGGCACGUCAAUGAUGAUGCUAUCAAACUAUAUCACUCUGGAGCUCAACUUCACGGUCUGACGAUUUGGAAGGCUCGGAACAAUGCUAUCAUUCAGAUGGGCUGGAAGCCGCGUAACGUUAGCGACGUAUCGGUUAGUAAACUCCGCAUCAUUCAUAAUCGGUGGAUCAAGCCCGAUGCGUAUGUUCCGUCGGCUAUUCUGGGUGCGUCGCCGUUCUACGGUGAUCCAAAGGAGAUCGACACUCAGCGGACCAUACAAGUCAAAAUUGAUGAUGUCGUCUGUGAGGGGGUUUGUGCAGCACUCAUGGCGAUUGCUCCAAUGCAAAACUUCGACUUGCAGAUCUCAAAUGUGCAUUUUGAGACGCUACAUAACGAUACGGAGCUGAGACUUGGAAGAAGCGUCGUUGGUAUGGACGCCGGGGAGGAGAUGGAUAAUUAUACUCCCGGGCAGGCAAACCUGACGCUGGGUAUUCAUAUUAAGAACUGGACAAUUGCUGAUACGGAAGUGGAUAAGAAGAAUGCGGGCGAGGAUGGGUUGGGCCAGCUGAAGAUUAACCCCAUGUUUGAUGGAGACUGGAGCAUAUGA